GCUUCCUUGUAUGCAGCAUAUGGUGAGCCUAAUGAGAUUUUUUUUCAAGGGGAAAAAAGAAAGGUAGAAAAGAAAUCUUUUAAAACUACUGCUCUUGGUGGUGAAAUGAUACCUGGUCCUCUAAAGGAAUUUGUCCAAUUUUUCUUUCAAAUGGCAGAAGUUAUCUUCUUUUGUUUUGUUAUUCUGUUGAUUUGCUUCAGCAAAGGGAGAUAAAAUACUUUCUCUAGAUGUUAUUACUCAAAAUAGUAAAGAAAAAAUAAGACCAUUGGGAUUUUUUCUCUCUCCAAAAAACCCUAGAGGCUGACUUAUGCUAUCAUGUUAUAGGAACAUUUUAUUUUGUCUACACCUGAUACAUCAUCAACAACCCAAAAGUUGUAAUGUAGGCAUGCUAUAUCCUUGAAAGUAGAGCUUUAAAAAAAGCUAUGUUCUGGGGAAAAAAAGUCCUAGAAGAAUGAAAUUUUCUAGUAGAUCCUUUUGAGUUCUGCAUCGGUGCAGAGGGAGGUGAACAGAGAAAAAAGGUCAUAAUCAGUGCUUAACAUUGAUAAGUCAUUUAAUGGGAGGUUGUAACAUGUAGGCCAUGUAAUUUGGCCUCAAAUAUUUUAAGAGGUCUAAUAAAGCAGCAGAAUAGGCAGUUCCCAGGUGCCACCUCACGUGGUAAAUGUGAAAUAGCACUUUUCCCAUUACUUGAAAUAGACUUAACUAAGGCUGCACUGAGAAACUUGAAACACUACAAAAUCUCAUAAAUCUUCAUAAUUUCCCACAUUUCAGUUCAUGGGGAAUAAUGAUAGAAACUUUUAUUGUAUAGUUUAUUUUUGAAUACGUGUUAAAUAGUUAAUACAACUGUAAUGGAGAUCUUAAUUUAGCAGUUUUCUUUGAAAACUACCCUCACACUGUGCACAGCUUCACUUUGCUUUCCAUAAAUAUUACUCAAGACAGAACAGUAAAAGCCCAAAUUUAAUAAUGCAGUUUAUUUUGCCUGCGCUUUUUUCUUUAGAUUCAGUGCACACUGAAUGUUUGGAAAAGUCUGUCUCUCCUGAAUCUAGUAUUUUCUAAUUUGAAGCAGGCAAUUAUGUAAAAGCAUUAAUCUGAUAAAAUGCUGCAGUGUGUUUAGCUACAAAGAAAUGUAAAAAAAUUGCCUGUUUUUUGCAUCAAUUGAAGAGGUCGGAUUACUGUGCCAGUCCAUGGCUCAUUUCCCCUUCUUGAAUUGAUGGGAGUCCUGUUUUAUUUGCAAUAACUAGCAGAGUUUAGAAGCUGAAUUGUUCCACUCUGUUUUGGUACAGGACAAAUACUUAUUAUACUGAAAAUGGAAGCUUUUAUCUGUUAAAAAAAGACAUUAAAGACAGAUCUGCCUUAUUUUCUAUGGAUGGGAAUUUCUACAACUUCAAAACAAUAAGGAUGACUGUUUACAUCAAAGAAAAAAUACAUCCCACUCUGUACAAUUUUUGGUGAAAUUGAGAAUUACAGAGUAGAAGUAAACAAAUGCACAGUUUAUAGGAGUCUGUUUCUGUAUUUUGGGUCUGGAAACAUAGCAUUGUUUUGAAGGUUCAAACCCUCAACUGGUAGUGAGUACUGCUAGUAUGACACAAUUUUUGGAAGUAGAAAUUCAAGGAAGAAGAGGCACAAGAAAAGCCACCUUUAACUGCUCUAGGUGAAUAUAUCUAUUGAAGCAAAGGGAAGAAGGACCCUGGUUCUUUUCUGAGAAAGUUGUAUGCAGCCUUCUCUGCCUUGCCUGUGAUUCAGUUACUUCAGCACAAGUCUUUAAGCUCCCAUCUAUCUUCAUUAGAAAAAUCGCUUUUGAUUUCAGUAAUAGUUUUCUUGGCCCCUGAGGGAGGAGUACACAGACCCUGCACUUCCAGAAAAUGAGUAUCUGCUACUCCUCAGGAAGAAAAUAAAGUGGGGAGGGGUAGCUGUUUGGUGAUUGCUAAUAAUUCAGGAGUAUGGUAUGACAUAAUCAAGCUAUCAAAAUUCCAAAGGCAAUGAGUAUUCUGGGAAUUGGGCAAAUCACAUUGCAUACAGAAAAAACUCAUGAACUUGUAGUAAGUUUACAAAGAUGGUUACAUCUUUACAUCUGAAAGUUCAAUAUAUUUCCAAGUAGUAAGAGUAGCAUGAGCUGAUGACAGGGGAUCAGUAAUCUAUAUAUAUAUAUCUCUGUUCAGGAUUUAUUCCCCUCAAAAAACCCCAAACUUUAUUUUUUUUCUUGUUGUUUUUAAACAAAAAUAACAAUUUAAUCAACUUACUUACUGGAAUAAACAAGUGAAAGAAACUAUAAGUAUGUGCUUUUGAAUAGUCCCAGAUUUCAAGUUGGUCAGCUCUGCUUUUGGAGGUGGGAAAGCAGCUUUCCCUUUUCAACUAAGAAACCAAGUCUCAGUUUGAUAAUUGCUGUUAGACUCUUCCCUUGAAAGACAACCAUAAAAAUUAAUGCCACUUUGGUGGGUUUCUGUUUUUUUAAGGAAAUUCUGCACUGUAUUUAUUUGAAUGCUAUGACACGAGAACAGAGAGCUGGCACACGAAGCCCAGCAUGCUGACUCAGCGAUGCAGCCAUGGAAUGGUAGAGGCGAACGGUCUCAUUUAUGUGUGCGGAGGAAGCUUGGGAAACAAUGUUUCUGGAAGAGUCCUAAAUUCCUGUGAAGUUUAUGAUCCAGCCACCGAAACGUGGACUGAGCUGUGUCCAAUGAUUGAAGCCAGGAAGAACCAUGGGCUGGUGUUUGUAAAGGACAAAAUAUUUGCUGUGGGUGGACAAAAUGGUUUAGGUGGCCUUGAUAAUGUAGAAUAUUACGAUAUCAAGAUGAAUGAAUGGAAGAUGGUGUCUCCAAUGCCAUGGAAAGGUGUAACAGUGAAGUGUGCUGCAGUGGGAUCUAUAGUCUAUGUCCUGGCUGGUUUUCAGGGUGUUGGUCGCUUAGGGCACAUUCUUGAAUAUAACACUGAAACAGACAAGUGGAUAGCCAACUCCAAAGUCCGUGCUUUCCCCGUGACGAGUUGUUUAAUCUGUGUUGUUGACACUUGCGGGGCAAAUGAAGAAACAUUAGAGAUCUGAAGACCUGUAGGAGAUGCUGAGACAUUCUUCAAGGACUUGGGGAAAGAUGGCUAUUGGUGCUUUGCUUCCAUAUUUUACUGAAUCUUGUUAAAUUUAAUAACAGGAAAAAAUGAGAUGCAGUCUUUCAAUUUGUAUAUACAGCAUAUUGUGUAAUGUGGAUUUUGUCAUGCCCAUUUUCUUGUCUGUUUUAAGAGAUGGGGAUGUGUUUUGAGAAUCCACUUACCUAGGUAACAUCACAUGGCAUCUUCCUUUAAAAGGGCUGUGGGUGUGGCCUUCUCAAACAUAGACCAAAUUAAAAAUACUUAGAACUCUUCUAAAGCAUUUGGUGAAGAAAGGAUUUCUGGUUAAAUGACACUUUACCAAGGUCAGUUGCAGAUACUUCAUUUGGUAAUGGUGAGUAGGUAUAGUUUGGGUCAUGAGAAAGAUGGGCAAAAUUUUUUUCUCAUUCAUACCUACCUGCAGAAAUCUUACCAGGAUGCAAUGAAGAUAUUUUCUCAGGAAAGACCAAGGACUGCUGUCUAAUAAAGAUUCCCAAUAUUUCUACAACUUUCUAGAUCGUGAUAGCUGCCCUCUUCCAAUGAGUUUCUUCCAUCAUUUGCAUGACUGCUUAUCAAUUUUUUAAAGUUAGAGAGGCCAUAUAUAGAGAUUAGAGAAACAUUUUGAUGGUCUCUGGCAUUUUGGGGAGCUUUCACGGAAAGACUUGGAUUCGUUUGGGUUUUUUUAUUACACUGAGGUAAGGGAAGUCAAAGGGUGAAGUCGACAAGAAUUGUGCACUAUAAUUAACAAGUUGGAAACUUGGAGUGAAUUUUCAGUCUCUCUUCCCAGGCAUCAGACUGUACAUACUGUGGAUGCCAAACUUUUAGCAAAGAUGGGAAGAGGAAUGGGAAAAGCAAAUACAAUAUACAGAUAUAUUGAUUUUCUUCUUGAAAGUGACUGUUUUUAAAAUGGCAUGAACAGAGUCAUUAAAGAUACUUUACAGAA